AUGGGGAGCCCGCCCGGCCCCGCCCCCGCGCUGGGCACAUUUAGGCCCUCGCGCGCGGCCCUGGCCCUCUGCGCGCUCGCCGCGCGCACCCGCGCGGCCCUGGACGCCUCCACGGCGCCGCCGGGCGUGCCCAAGGAGCGUUUCGGCGAGCAGGCGGGCGGUGCCGGGGCACGGCGUGGCCUGCGAGCCCAGGCCCCCGGCGCUGCUGGGCGGUGGUCGCCCUUGCCCGCCGAGGCGAGCGGGGCCUCCUCGGGCUGGAGCGCGUGCCCCCCGAGCCAGGGCGGCGGCGACCACGCCGGCGUGCCGAAGACCGAUCUGGUCCUUCUGGAGCGACCCCACCUACGUGCCCAAGGCGGUGCACCUUGCCCGUGCGUCGUGGCGCUUCUUCGCGCCGGGCCACGAGGUCCGCGCGCUGCACCUGCCCCGGGAAUUGGCGCGACUUCCUGA